AUGGAGAAGCAGCAUAACGACCCUCCUCCCGGGGUGACACCCGAAUUAGACGAUCUUAAGUUGAAGGACGAAGCAACCCUGGCCCGGGAUGUCGGACUGGGACAAGUAUUGGAGGUGGAAGCCACGCCAGAGCAGGAACGCAAGGUCUUGCGGAAGCUGGACAUAAUAUUGAUUCCUCUGAUGGGAGUCUGUUACAUGAUGCAAUACAUGGACAAGCUGGCUCUGAGUCAAGCUACCCUCUUCAAUCUUCGGCAGGAUCUGAACCUCAAGGGACAGGAGUAUACCUGGACAUCUGCCGUCUUCUAUUUCGGUGUUGGUUCCUCCCCCCAAUACUACUCCAAAGUACCACUAAUGUCAAAUAGGUUAAUAUGGGGAGGGAUCCUAAUGUGCCACGCUGCAGCAACGAACUUUGGAGGCUUGAUGGCCGCCCGGUUCUUCCUGGGAGUGGGCGAAGCCGCCAUAGCCCCGGGAUUCUCCCUCAUCACAGGCAUGUUCUACAAGCGUGAGGAGCAGCCAGCACGGCAAUCUGCCUGGUUUCUCGGAAACUGCAUCGCCUCUGUCAUCGGCGGUGUCGUGGCCUACGGCAUCGGCAACAUCAAAGCCGACGCCGUAACUAGCUGGCAACUCCUCUUCCUCGUCCUCGGCGCCAUAACGGCAUUCAUAUCCUUCUUCCUCAUCGUCCUCCUCCCCGACUCCCCCAAGAAAGCCAUCUUCCUCACCAAACCCGAGCGCGCCAUCGCCAUGCACCGCACCCUCGCCAACAAAACCGGCGUCGCGGACGAGGGAUCCUUCAGAUGGGACCAAGCCUGGCAAGCAAUCCGCGACCCUCAAACCUGGUUCUUGGUUCUAUACACUUUCUCCGUGAACCUCUGCAACGGCGGAAUCACCAGCUUCUCCUCAAUAAUCAUCAACGGCUUCGGCUUCUCCCAAAUCCGCUCCCUCCUCAUGCAAAUGCCCCUGGGCGGCGCCCAAAUCGUCUUCCUCAUCAUCACCGCCGGCAUCGCGACAUUCAUCACGCGCACGCGAAUCCUAAUGAUGAUUUUCAACACCCUAACCUCUCUGAUCGGCAUGAUUCUCGUCUGGAAACUGGAUGAAGAUAACCGUCGAGGCAGACUGACGGGUCUGGCACUGGGCGCUGUCUUCGCUGUUAAUAUUCCCCUCUCGCUAAGCAUUAUCAGUUCGAAUGUCGCGGGGUUCACGAAACGAAGUACCACCAGCGCGUUGUUGUUUGUUGCGUAUUGUGUGGGGAAUAUUGUCGGACCGCAGUUCUUUUAUAGCUCGGAGGAGCCUUAUUAUCCGACGGGCAUGAAAGCGGCUACGUCGGGACUGGCGUUGGGGGCAUUCUUCUUGGCGUGUUUGCUGGGGUAUUAUAUCUGGGAGAAUAAACGGAGGGAUCGACUGUAUGGAGUUCCGGAGCAGAUGACGGAGAGUCAGGAGUUGGCGUUGGGGUUGUCGAGUAAGACGGAUUUGGAAAUUGAGGAUUUUAGAUAUGUUUUGUGUCCUGGGCGUCUGAAGGAGUAA